AUGACGGCCGAGGUCCUCGAUCUAUCAAAAAGGCGCAGCCGUAGCGAGGAGGAUCCUGGCGUCGUGCAGGUCAGCGAGGAGCAACAGCAGCAGCAGGUGCCAACACCAGCGGACAACAACAACGAGGACGGUGACCACCGACAGCAGCAGCAGCAGCAAUUGGAGGAGGAUCGGACGGUCGGUAGCGGCGGGGGUGGUGGCGAGGGAGGAGGUAGUAGCGGGGACGACGACCCGGAGGAGGUUCAAAAGAGGGUAGCCGCGGUGCAGGUGCAGGUACAGGGGAUGGAGGGCGAUUGGCGGGCGUAUUGCGAGCACCCGCUCUCCGUCGCUACCGCGGCGAUGCUCAAUCUACAGCAGCAGCACCAGGUCACGGCCGUGGCUGGCCACCCGGCCGACGAUCCCGCGGCCAACUACGUGUACGAGUACUACACCAAACUGCCCGACAAGGCCGCGGACGUCAAGCUCCCGCCCAGCCACGAGCUCUGGACCACGGGCGUGAUGGGACAAAAGCUGCUGGUGCAGGAGGCGCCGGGUGCGACGGGCCGAGUACUGGAGACAGGCGCCGAGGGCUCAGGCGGCGAGCUCCACCACUUUCUCCAUCAGUACAACAACCAACAGUCGCACAGUCCGGGCCAAGGGUUGCAGGGUGGCGGCGGUGGUGGUUUGCCCCUCGCGCUUAGUCCCCAGUCCCAGCAGGCGGCCAUUGCGGGGGUAAAGCGGGAACCCGAGGACCUCAGCUCGUCCAGGGGCGGACAACCCGCCAAACGGCACAAACCGAACGCCCAGCCCGACAGUCCCACACCACCGGGGAUGUACCACCACCAGCACCACCAGCUACAGUACGGCAGCCCGUAUGAUCCGUACGGGUCGUGUAGUCCACGGCUGCAGACGACGUACGGCACAGGGGGCACGGCGGGCAACGGGGCUCCGGGCUCGAACGGCUCGGCGGGCAUGCACCAGGAGGCGACGGCCGUGUACGUGACGAACGACGCGCUUCCGCCCCUAGUGUCAUCGGGCACCACGUCACUGUCCACGUCGACCCCCUCGUACACGAGGUACGAGGUGGUGCCGAGCUCGUACACGUCCACCCACGCCAUACGAUCGGCAUCGAGCAACAACAACAACAACAACAACAAUAACAAUAACAACAACAACAACAACAACAACAAUAAGGUGCUCACCGUGGACCUGCCCAGUCCGGACUCGGGGAUCGGCGCGGACGCCGUCACGCCCAGGCAGGACCACCAUCAGCCCACGGCGCUCCACCAGUCGUCGUUCGACUACACGGAGCUGUGCUCGGGCGGGCCGGGCUCGGGAGGCACGGUGGUCAUGGAGGGUGGCAACGGGGGCGCAGUGAUCCACCAUCCGCCGCUCCAGUUGCAGCUGCAGGGACACGGGGCGGGCACGGGGACGCAGACGGUGCAGCGACCGGGCAGUGGACUCGUGGCCGCGGGAGCCACCACGCCCAACUCCAACCAGCCGAGGUCGCGGCCCUGGCACGACUUUGGCAGGCAAAACGACGCCGACAAGAUUCAGAUACCAAAACUCUACCUGGCCUACGGCUUCAAGUACCACCUGGAGUCGCCCAUAAGCACCUCGCAGCGGCGCGAGGACGACAGGAUAACCUACAUCAACAAGGGCCAGUUUUACGGCAUCACCCUCGACUACGUGCCCGACCCGGACAAGCCUCUCCUCAAAUCGGGCCAGACCGUCAAGAGCGUGGUUAUGCUGAUGUUCCGCGAGGAGAAGAGCCCGGAAGACGAGAUCAAGGCGUGGCAGUUCUGGCACGGCAGGCAACACUCCGUCAAGCAGCGGAUACUCGACGCAGACACGAAAAACAGCGUGGGUCUAGUGGGCUGCAUCGAAGAGGUGGCGCACAACGCGAUCGCCGUUUAUUGGAACCCGCUCGAGUCGUCGGCCAAGAUCAACGUGGCCGUGCAGUGUCUCAGCACGGAUUUUUCGAGUCAAAAGGGAGUCAAAGGUCUACCCUUGCACAUACAGAUCGACACGUACGAGGAGCCGCCACCCCACACGCACACCUACACGCCACCCUCCCAUCGGGGCUAUUGCCAAAUCAAAGUUUUCUGCGAUAAGGGAGCCGAGAGAAAGACGCGCGACGAGGAGAGACGGGCGCAGAAGCGGAAGAUGGCAGCUACGGGCCGCAAAAAGCUGGACGAGCUUUACCACGCGGUCACGGAGCGCAGCGAGUUCUACACGAUGGCCGACCUGCACAAGCCACCCGUGCUAUUCUCCCCCCCGGCCGAGCACUCCAUCGACAAGUUCUCGACGAUGGAGUUGUCGGGCUUCUACGGGGGCGGUGGGGGCGGCGGUGGCAACAACGGCGGGGGCGAGACGGACAGCUCGUCCCUGAGCAACGGCGAGGCGGGGGGCCUGAAGGCCGGGGGCAGCCCGUACGGGCAGUCGGCCAACAACCGGGCGAGCUUGCCCGCCCUCAAGUUCCACAAUCACUUUCCGCCCGACAACCUCGGCUCGAUGCACGACAGCGUCAAGAAGGACUCGUUGCUGAUGCAGGUCCAGGAGCUGCAGGGCACGGUGCUCCAGGGGGUGCAGCCGGGACUGGGGCCGGGACAGCUCGUUGGAUCGACUCUGGGGAACCGGCUGCACAUGCAGCCCCACAUGAGGACCGACGCCGAGGAGAGGGUCAUGCUUUACGUGAGGCAAGAGUCCGAGGACGUUUACACGCCCCUGCACGUCACGCCGCCCACUGUCCAGGGACUACUCAACGCCAUUGAGUCAAAGUACAAAAUUGCAACCUCGAGUAUUAAUAACUUAUAUCGCAAAAACAUAAAGGGAAUUACGGCGAAAAUUGACGACGACAUGAUCCGGUACUACGUGGACGAGGACCUGUUCCUGCUGGAGGUGACGCAUUCGCGGCUAACGGCCGAGCAGCAGCAGGAACGGGCGAGCCGGAACGGGGGCUCACCCUCCGACCCGUCGGACGGUCUCGAGCCCAGCUACGACGUCACCCUCAUCGAGCUGCCACUGGCGCCCCAGCCGGGGAGCAUGCCUUCGGCGUCGCCGCACCACCAGGCGGUGGUCCAGCACCACGUCGCGGCUACGUGA